AUGGAAUGUAUGAAAAGCUCCCUUCAGACUCUGCUGGCGGUGGACUCAGGCAGUCUGAAGGCUUGGCUAAAGGAUUUCUGCAAGCGCAACGGCCUGUUAACACUCUCUGUGCUUUCAGUGGUGGUGGGAUGCAUGCUGGGAUUCUUGUUGAGGGACAUUAACUUUUCAGACCAGGCCAAAAUCUAUUUCUACUUUCCUGGGGAGCUUCUUGUGAGGAUGCUGAAAAUGUUGAUACUGCCUCUCAUCACAUCAAGCUUGAUGUCUGGCCUCUCAGCAAUGGACUCCAAGGUCUGUGGAAGGAUGGGUCUGAUCACAAUCACCUACUACUUGUGGACCACCUUUAUGGCCGUGAUUGUGGGGGUAGUCCUUGUCUCGAUCAUCCACCCCGGGGCCGACGCUAAGACAGACGGGGAGCGAGUCAGUGGAGGGCCUGUCAUGACCUCAGCGGAUGCCUUACUGGAUUUAAUUAGGAAUAUGAUUCCUUCUAAUCUCAUUGAAGCUACAUUCCAACAGUAUCGGACACAGCUGAUUCCAAUCGUUCAGCCUGUGACAUCUGUGAAAACCCCUGAUUUUGUGUACCUCGUGCCUGACGAGAAAGACCCAACACUCAGCAAGCCUGUGUUCCUGGAGCUCACCCCAGCUCCCAACGUCAUCUACAAGUCACUGCCGGGGAGCAGCAAGGAGAUGAACGUGCUGGGGAUUGUCUUCUUCUCUGCCACUAUAGGCCUGUUGCUAGGGACAAUGGGGGAAAGAGGGACUCCGAUGGUAAACGUGUGCCAGUGCGUGAACGAGUGCGUCAUGAAGGUUAUUUCAGCUGUAGUCUGGUAUUUUCCCUUGGGGAUCGUAUUCCUGGUGGCUGGAAAGAUCGUUGAGAUGAGGGACCCAUCUCUGAUUGGGAAGAAGCUGGGGAUGUAUACUGUCACAGUGGUGUCAGGGCUACUUCUCCAUGGCGCAGUCAUCCUGCCCCUGCUCUACCUCUUCAUUACAAGGAAGAACCCGAUCCCGUAUGUGCGAGGGCUGCUGCAGGCGCUGGUGAUAGCACUGGCCACCUCCUCAAGCUCUGCCACUCUGCCCAUCACCAUGAAGUGUCUUCUGGAGAACAACGGCAUCGACCGCAGGGUUGCCCGCUUCGUCCUGCCCAUGGGUGCCACAAUCAACAUGGACGGCACGGCACUGUAUGAAGCAGUCGCUGCCAUCUUUAUCGCGCAAGUGAACGAGUACGAGCUGGACUUCGGACAGCUCAUCACUAUCAGUAUCACAGCAACAGCCGCCAGCAUUGGAGCGGCUGGAAUACCACAAGCAGGUCUUGUUACCAUGGUGAUUGUUCUUACAUCUGUAGGCCUUCCUGCUGAUGACAUCACACUCAUUUUGGCAGCAGACUGGGCCUUAGACCGGUUCAGAACUGUGGUUAAUGUCCUAGGUGAUGCUCUUGCAGCUGGCAUCAUUGCCCACCUGUGUCGGAAGGACUUUUUGCCUUACAGUGACAAGGACAUCCUUAUUUGUAACAUUCAGAAUCUCCCAGCUUCAGAGAUCCCACUGCUAGCCAGCAAAGACUGUGUGUUUGAAGUCCUGGGAGAUGUAGUAACAGAGAAGCCAGCUGUUUACUACAACAUCGCACAAGUCUGAUCAUUACAAUGAAGCCAGUUAUUUACUACAACAUCGCACAAGUCUGAUCAUUACAAUGAAGCCAGCCGUUUACUACAACAUCGCACAAGUCUGAUCAUUACAAUGAAGCCAGCUGUUUACUACAACAUCGCACAAGUCUGAUCAUUACAAUGAAGCCAAUUGUUUAUAGCAUCACACAAGAUUGAUCUACAGAUGAAAACACUGACAUUGGAGUUUUCCUCCAUGUUUUGUGCUUUGACUCACAAGAAGCUUUGUCUUCAAAGCCUGUGCUGUUUGCUUCUUGUGCUGCCAUUGUAUAAAAACUAAAUAAAGGA